GGGCAAUCCGCUAUAUAAGCUUCAGCUGUUCAUAUCGUUUAAGCCUCUUUCGUUUUUUUUGCCUUACGGUCCGGUCCGUCUGAAAAUCAAACACUGAAAUCCGAAGUGUUCUGCACCCAACAAAAAUUCAGAGAAAAAAGAGACGUGAAAUGGAGGAGUCUUAUGAGUCGUAUCCCAGUGAAGAGCAGCAGAUCGCCGCCCUUGAAGCCGCUCACGCGACGGCCAAUCCCGAUCACGGUUGGCAGAAGGUGACCUACGCCAAGAAGCAGCGGAAGCAAAAGCCUCAGACCGCCGCGGAUCCCGCCGGCAAAAUCAACGGUGUCCUCGUUGGUCACGACAAAGGGAACGUAUUUAAGUCCUUGGAGCAGCAAUCCGAGGAGCGGCGCCGAAGGAUUCUUGAAGCCGAGACAACUCCCAAUGCAGCCGCCACCACCGCCAGGGCCGGCAGAUCAAGGGAUCGAUCUGACGACGACAGCGACGAUGAUGACGACAGCGACGAUGCAAGGGUUUCCAAAGAGAAUGGCAAGGGCGGCGAGGAGAAGAAGGUGAAGCAGAAGAAGCCUAAGAAGCCCAAGAUCACCGUGUCCGAAGCUGCUGCUAAGAUCGACGAGUCGGAUCUCGCUGCCUUUCUCUUGGAUAUAUCUGCUUCCUACGAGGGGCAGCAGGAGAUACAGCUCAUGAGAUUUGCGGAUUACUUUGGGAGGGCUUUCUCGGUUGUAAGUUCGGCCCAGUUCCCAUGGGUGAAGUUGUUCCGGGAGAAUCCUCUGACCAAAAUUGCCGAUGUUCCCUUGUCUUACAUUUCAGAACCUGUAUUUAAAACAUCUAUUGACUGGAUCUCUCAACAUUCAGUUGAGGCACUUGGGUCCUUUCUGCUAUGGUGUGUUGAUGGUAUCCUUGCAGAUUUGGCAAGCCAGCAGGGUGGUCCCAAAGCCUCCAAGAAGGGUGGGCAGCAAACAUCAUCAAAGUCCCAGGUUGCCAUCUUUGUGGUUUUGGCAAUGGUCUUGCGCCGCAAACCUGACGCUUUGAUUAGCAUAUUGCCAACAUUGAAGGAAACUUCAAAGUAUCAAGGCCAAGACAAGCUUCCAGUUAUUGUAUGGAUGGUCGCUCAGGCCUCCCAAGCAGAUUUGGCUGUGGGGUUGUUCUCAUGGGCACAUAACCUCUUGGCCAUUGUGAGCGGCAAAAAUAAUAAUCCGCAGUCUAGGGAUUUAAUCUUGCAACUAGUGGAGAAGAUUUUAGCUGCUCCAAAAGCUAGGACAAUUUUAGUAAACGGUGCUGUUAGGAGAGGGGAACGUCUGGUUCCACCUUCUGCAUUAGAGAUGUUGCUGAGGGUUACCUUUCCUACAUCUUCCGCUAGAGUAAAGGCUACAGAGAGGUUUGAAGCAAUAUAUCAUACCCUCAAAGAGGUGGCUCUUGCUGGUUCUACUGGAAGUAAGGCUAUGAGGCAGGUGGCACAGCAGAUAUUGACCUUCUCUCUGAAAGCAGCUGGGGAAAGCAAUCAAGAGUUGUCCAAGGAAGCUGCUGGCAUUUCCAUAUGGUGUUUCACCCAGAAUCCCGAGUGCUACAAGCAAUGGGUUAAGGUGUAUGAGGACGAUUUAAAGGCAAGUGUUGCUGUUCUUAGAGGGAUUUCUGAGGGAUGGAAGAACUUCUCGGAGAAACUGGCUCCUUUCGAUCCUCUCAGGGACGCUGUCAGAGAGUUUAGGCAAAAGAAUGAGAAAGCAAUGGCCAAAGGGCACAACGAUGUACUGUACAAGGAAGCAGACAAGUACUGCAAGGGGAUACAGAGUAAGCUAUCAAGAGGACAUGGCUGCUUGAAAGGUAUGGCCUUUGUGGUCGUGGCAAUGGCUGUUGGAGCUGCCGUCAUGUCCCCAAACUUGGAGGAUUGGGACUUGAAGAAGCUGUCGGUGUUGAUCAACUCUCAUUUGUCUUCUUACUAGUGAGCACAAGGAUGCCUGCCCUUAAAUUAUGUGACUAGAUCUGAACACCACCAACUGAUGGAAAGCAUCUCCAAAAGUAGCUUCCGGUUUAAGUUUUGUACCUUUGCUCCCCCGGCUUCCAAUACUGAACUGAACGAGAGCAGGUAGAAAGUUUACUUUUCUUUUCCCCCCUUGUGUUUAGAGGACACUGGUUUGGUGUGGGUCACGGUCUUUGUUUCACAUAGGUCUAUGAGAAAGAUAGGGUGGCUGUGUUUAUAUCAGAGAAGGGGAAAUGCAGUUUGGCCAACAGAAGAGGUAAUAAAGAUGAGGGAAAUUUUUAGGGUUUUCGUGUGUCAAAUGGAUGAAUGAUAUAUUUAUUUUAUUUAAUCGGUUAGAGACUUUUAAUAAAUGAAGUUUUCUUUGUCUUGUGUCCAUGCAAUGCUGGUGGUUUGUAAUCUUCUCCUCUCGUGCGAAUGGUGUUUUAGCAGUUAUUCUGUCAUCUUCUCCAAAAGAAUAGACAUGUUCCGCAAAAGAAACUUGAUUGACCCGACGACGCGGUGGGAAGGGAUGCUCCAG